AUGGACGAUGAUCACAUCAGAUUGUUGCUGGAAGAAUUAAGUUCUAGCUCAAGCUAUGAAGACGAAAAUGACAGUGAGGUGGAAGAUAACGUGGAGGUACAAGAAGAGACAUAUGAUACCGAGCAAGACGAUGACAAUGACGAGAUAUCUGAGGAAGAACAUAAUGAACGAUCCCAUGAUUUUUACUUAGGAAAAGAUGGACAGACAAGGUGGAAUAAAUCUCCUGCCUCAAACCCAACUAGGCGACGUGCUAGAAAUAUAGUUACUCAACUUCCAGGCGCUAGAGGAGAAGCUAGAAAUUUGAAGGAACCAGGCCUUUUACUAUUUGCUGGAGUCAGAAGGAACGCUCGUCUAAAUGCCAAAGAUUUUUUCAGAACUGACGGGUCAUCCCCGGAGAUAUUUCGUUUGACUAUGGGAUUAUCCAGGUUCUUUCUAUUGAUGCGUUGUCUCAGAUUUGACAGUAAAGAUACACGAGAAGAGAGAAUACAACUGGAUAAACUGGCACCUAUUAGAGAGUUGUUUGAUAUAGUUGUGGGAACGUUCAAAAAAUAUUACAGCGUGUCUCAGUAUGUUACAAUUGACGAGAAGUUAGAGGCUUUUAGAGGACGUUGUAACUUUCGCCAAUACAUUCCAUCAAAACCCAACAAAUACGGAAUCAAAAUUUAUGCGUUGACAGAUGCCAAAAUGUUUUAUACCCAUACCAUGGAAGUUUAUGUUGGGAAGCAACCAGACGGUCCAUACCAAGUUGAUAACUCCGCUUUGGCUUUGGUUUUGCGAUUGAGUGAAAAUAUUCACAAUACUGGGCGUAAUAUCACAUGUGAUAACUUCUUCACUAGUAUUCCAUUGAUAGAUAAGCUUGAGUCUCAACACAAAUUGACAGUUAUUGGGACAAUUCGUAAAAACAAACGAGAAUUGGCUAAAAAUUUCACGGAAAUACGAGGAAGAGCCGAAAAAUCUAGUUUAUUCGGGCACCGUGGCAAUUGCAGUCUAUUGGACUAG